AUCAGCAGAAAGCUCAAAUUCACGAAGCCCAUGGAAGUUUCUCGAUGGUCACAGAAGCAGCAUCGCCAUUCGCCGCCACAUUCCGGAGCCUAAUAUAGCAACCGCUUCCUCCCUGAGAUUUAGCAAAUAGGGUUUCAUUUCCCAAAAUUUAAAAAUCACAAAAUCUAAUUCGGAAUUGUAACCUGAUUUUCCAAUGGAGUCAACCAAAGAACAACACGGUUUACUGCACCAGAUCCUACCCCCGCGCCUCGAAGAUGCAGGCCUCGAAGAUUGUGCUCUUCCGCCUGAAUCCAUCCACCAAGCAUUCCUCAAAGCAGCCGCUGCCGUGAAGUCCGCCGCCGCGAUUUUCUCCGAUGACGAUGGCGAGACUGCCGGAGAUUGCGUCAACGACCCGUGGCCAGCCGCAGCCGAGGGAACCUCCGAUGCCGUGAUUGGGAUCGAGCCGGAGAACGAGCUGCCCGGAGCAUGUUCCGUCGAGAAAGGAUGCGAAGAAGGUGGCGAUGAGGUGAAGGUCUCUGGUGGUAGCAGCUGCGAAGUGGAGGAGGUUGUGGACGAAAUUGUGGUUGGAGAAGGAGCUAAAUUGGGGGAAGGUGAAGAAGCACCUUGCAUUGAUGAAUUGCAAGGUUUGGGAAUUGACGAUGAUGCAAAGAAGAAUAAGAAGAAAAACUGUGAAGAAGAAGAGAAGAAACCUACUUUAACUGAAGGCUAUGUAUGAAACGCUGAAAAGUUGAAAUUUCCUUCGGUUUUUGUUCUGGAUAGCCCUGGUUUUUUGUUUUCAUUAAGGCCAGAUUCUCUUAAUUCUCCGUUACUAAGAAAUUGGUGUUUUGUAAACUGUAGCUGCAACGUCAAUGUCUUUCUUUCUUCAAAUCUUGAGGUUGUUUUUCUUUCCUUGAGAUCUUUGUUUGAGAGCGAAUAUCCCUUUGAUUUUCAAUAAAUUCAGUCUAGUUGUAUUAAAGUCAUUGUUGAUAUCAGAAUUAACGCCCAAUUUGUAACUACAUUUGCAAAUUCAU